GGCACAUUGGAGGGAAGGGCUCAGAGCGCUGAUCACCGCUCACUACUAGCGCUGCUCCUGCCCCAGCCACAGGGAUGUGCACACAGCUGCAUGCCUAGAGGAGCUGCCCCCACAGCGCUGCAAAAACCUUUGCCGGAACCUGGGUUCUAAACAGAACGUUUUUGAUUUCAUCUUGGAAAGUUUGUCUUAACGAUAAUUACAACACUGUCCUCUUUCAAUUCCAUCGACAAGGAGCUGACCUCGGCUGAAGCCAUGCCCUGUGUUCAGGCUCAAUAUGGGUCAUCGCCUCAAGGAGCCAGCCCAGCUUCCCAGAACUACAGUUACCACUCAUCUGGAGAAUACAGCUCCGAUUUCUUAACUCCAGAGUUUGUGAAGUUUAGCAUGGACCUCACCAACACUGAAAUCACUGCCACCACUUCUCUCCCCAGUUUUAGUACCUUUAUGGACAACUACAGUACCAGCUACGAAGUCAAGCCUCCUUGCUUGUAUCAAAUGCCCAUCUCUGGCCAGCAGUCUUCUAUAAAAGUUGAAGAUAUUCAAAUGCACAGCUACCAGCAACACAGCCACUUGCCACCCCAAAGCGAGGAGAUGAUGCCACACUCAGGCUCUGUCUACUACAAACCCUCUUCACCUCCAACCUCCAGCACUCCGGGUUUCCCUGUCCAGCACAGUUCAAUGUGGGAUGACCCUGGCACACUUCACAGCUUCCAUCAAAAUUAUGUUGCCACCACCCACAUGAUUGAUCAGAGGAAAGGUCCUGUUUCCAGACUUUCCCUGUUCUCUUUCAAACAAUCUCCGCCUGGAACUCCAGUGUCUAGUUGUCAAAUGAGGUUUGAUGGCCACCAUGUUUCCAUGAACCCCGAGCAGUCAGGAGCUCACCAUGUGGUAGACGGACAGACUUUUGCAGUCCCUAACCCUAUAAGAAAACAAGCAUCUAUGGGUUUUCCUGGACUCCAGCUUGGCCAUGCAUCUCAAUUGAUAGACAGCCAGGUCCCUUCUCCACCAUCCAGAGGAUCCCCAUCAAACGAGGGUCUCUGUGCUGUAUGUGGGGACAAUGCUGCUUGCCAACACUAUGGAGUUCGUACGUGUGAAGGGUGCAAAGGGUUUUUCAAGCGCACAGUCCAGAAAAAUGCCAAAUAUGUUUGUUUAGCGAAUAAAAACUGUCCGGUUGACAAACGACGCAGGAACAGAUGUCAGUAUUGUCGCUUUCAGAAGUGCCUAGCAGUCGGCAUGGUCAAGGAAGUGGUUCGUACAGACAGUUUAAAGGGACGGAGGGGUCGCUUGCCAUCCAAACCCAAGAGCCCCCAGGAGCCAUCACCCCCCAGCCCCCCGGUGAGCCUGAUCAGUGCCCUGGUGAGAGCCCACGUCGACUCCAAUCCUGCAGUGAGCAGCUUGGACUAUUCCAGGUUUCAGGCUAACCCAGAAUUUCAGAUGACUGGAGAUGACACACAACAUAUACAGCAAUUCUAUGAUCUCCUCACUGGAUCUAUGGAGAUCAUUAGAGGUUGGGCAGAUAAGAUCCCAGGGUUUUCUGAGCUCCACAAACAGGAUCAAGAUCUUCUCUUCGAAUCAGCUUUCUUGGAACUCUUUGUAUUACGAUUAGCAUACAGGUCUAACCCAUCAGAGGGCAAGCUGAUUUUCUGCAAUGGUGUGGUCUUACACAGGCUGCAGUGUGUCCGUGGGUUUGGGGAGUGGAUAGAUUCCAUUGUGGAAUUUUCCUCUAAUCUGCAAAGUAUGAGCAUUGACAUAUCUGCAUUUUCCUGUAUUGCUGCACUGGCUAUGGUUACAGAGAGACAUGGCCUUAAAGAACCAAAAAGAGUAGAGGAACUUCAGAACAAGAUUGUCAACUGCCUGAAAGAUCACGUGACUUUUAAUAAUGGGGGGUUAAAUCGCCCCAAUUACCUUUCCAAGCUCCUUGGGAAGCUUCCUGAACUCCGCACCCUUUGCACACAGGGUCUACAACGCAUUUUCUAUCUCAAACUAGAAGAUCUGGUGCCCCCUCCAGCCAUUAUUGACAAACUCUUCCUGGACACUUUACCCUUCUAAGACAUUUCAGUAAACCCUUAAGAAACUUUACCCAGUUUGAGGACUCUGCUUAUGAAAAGCUGCAGUUUGCCAGGAGAAACCCAUGCCGUCUUUGCCAAGGGCAGAAGGGAGGACUGGCAUCCUUGGCCACUUCUUGGAUACCAAGAUUGAAAUCAACAAACACACUGCUAUCAACUUUUAAGGUUUUGCCAAAAUUCCUUAUAUACUACAAGAGACAACGUCUUAAUAAUAAAAAGUAUAUUUGCUCAGCUAAGAACGACCCAAAUUCCUAGAGUAUUAUGGUGACCCACCAACAUUACCCUGCCAGAGACUAAAGUUUUCUGUUGUAAAGGAAAGCUGUAAUAUAUUGUGAAAAAAUAAUAAAAAAUAAUAAUAAUAAAUGUUCAGUGGGUGGCAUGAAGAAGGAUAACGGCUUGUACAUGUAUAAGAUACAGUUUAGCUAUUUUUAAUUAUUUUGUGCCUAUUUAUGAAUAAAUAUCAAACCGAUUCUACAAGCUGUGUUUGCAAAAAAAAAAAAUAGAAAAAAUAAUUAAAAAUCACAAAAAAUGAUAAAGCUUAAAAAAGAAGCAUGUUUAUACAGUGCUAGAUCGGGAAAAGUUAUAGGCAAUUGCUAUUUCAGUAAUGUCUAUAUUAUAUAAAUAGUAUUCAGACACUAUGUAGUCUGUUAGAUUUUAUAAAGAUUGGUAGUUAUACGAAAUUUAAUUUUGUUUCUCAACUGUACCAUAAGUGGGAAUAUGUAUUAUUAAUUAAUAAUCACGACAGAGGACACAUUGUGUUUGUAACACCGUCCAACAUUCCUUGUUUGUAAGUGUUGUAUGUACUGUUGAUGUUGAUAUAAAAGGUUUAUAUCUUAAUUAUUUUGUUGUCUAUGGCUAAGUUAAACUUGCAUGCAAAAGCUUUUAUCAGUUUCCAGUUAAUGCAUACAUCACUGGAAAUUACCGAGCACUUUGAAUUAUUUUCCCCAAAUUUUACAAAAAGAUUGUCAACUAAUAUAUUAUUUCAUGUUUAAGUAAAAUUUGAAACAUUGCCAUAAUCU